CAUUUACUCAAUGUCAUAUGUAAUAUUAAUAUGUAGACUACAAAACCGCUAUAAAAUGUUUUAUAAACUUACAGUUUUCUUACUGAGUUUUCAGGUGUACGAGUGUACAUUUGGUCCGCCAUAUCCGGUAACUGGUGCCUGGUUUAAAGACAGGUUUUCUCUGGCAGAAUGGAACGCAACGCUUCGUGAAUUUUCCAAACAAGGUGGUGACACUGUACUUCUUAGAGCACCUGCAUUACAAUUAGUACGGUAUGAAGAUCUUGUUGAAGACAAAAACUUCAAAUGGUGCGGAAGCAAUUUCCGGGAAAACCCUACAGAUGAGUAUCGUGAUUGUUACCAUGAAGCCGUGAAAGACCUUCAACUAUUCAACAUCACAGUUGGCGCAAUAGCUUUAUACCAAUAUGAAGAAGAUUUUGAUAAAUCUUCAGUUAUUAAAUGUCCUCAAUACGACAAGAUGAUAGUAUCUGACAGGGUGUAUUACAGAUUAGUUCUGCCAUUGUCUGAUCGCAGUAACCCUUGUGAUUUAAACAGUACAGAAGUAUUGUUGCUCUUCACCAUGUUCUCUGGCAUUGACCCACACGAACUUCUGCUGAUAUCAGCCGCAGACUAUAACAUGUCAGUUUAUUUUGGACUACCGCAACCACCUGUUUGGUACAAGAAUGGUCAAGUCAGUAACACCUCUCACUUGAUGGCAUAUUAUAACUUUAUCCAGAGAGUGUUAUUGGAUCACAAAAAGCGAUACAGUUUCUCCAAUUCUUCCAAACAAUUGAAUUUAUACGAUACUGUAAAAGGAUACUUUUGGUCCGAUGACGUUUUGCUCACUGAUACUGGGAAAGCAUUGGGAUCUAAAAAUGAAACAUACCUAGAUAUAUUUAAAACACUCGCAAAAUAUACUCAUGGAAAUAAGAAACUUUUCGGUGUUUCGUCAUAUGUACAAUCAAAUAAGUUUGAAGAAAGUUUAACGUUAGACAACAACGUUGCUGCAUUUACUUCCAUUGUUACGCAAUGUGAAAUUGACGUCAUUUCCGUUAAAGAUGGUCGUGGCUCAGCUAAUAAUGCAUUAUUCUGGGAUACACAAUAUAGUUCAAGAAUUGAUACAACAGAUGCCGGUCUUUACCGAAUUCUUGAAUACUACUAUCCUACAGAAAUGCGUAACAGAAUAGUGAAAACAUAUGAUUACUUCUUCAAUUUUAGCGUAAAUCAGGUAUUCAAUGCAUUAUCAGGAAAGCGUGAUGAACUACAUAAAUCUGGUAACAGCGUUGAGUUAUGGUUAAACAUAGAUGCAUUUGACGCUUUACAUGACGACCCAUGCCUACCAGUUGAUACAUCAAGUUCCGGGAUGGAUCGAUUGGUUAACGGCGUCACAAAAUCACGUAUAGAUAGAGUAUUGACACACGCAGGGUCUUCCGUUAAAAAAGUGGUGGCCUUUGCUUGGGAUCCAGGCUUUACAUGCAGCACAAAACAGCACACCUCCCCCAUCAAAAACCAAAUAAAUGCAGAUGCAGGGAGACCAAUUAUUGCGCAUUGUUCCUUCCAUAGUUCCGCCAAUCGUUCUGUCGUUGUUAUUGGGUAUAAUUUACUGAGAGAAACUCAAGGGUUCACGAUUGAAUGGCCAAAUGUAAACGGGAAAAGGGAAGUUACCCAUGUGCACGGUUAUUAUUUCGAGUUGGAUUGGGGGAUUCAGCACGACCGAGUCCCUUCUUUGAUGUAUAUACAAAUGUAUGACCCUUACGAUAUCAUUGACCUUGCUCAGAAAGGAUAUGUGAAGGUCACGGCCGACGAUGGUUAUCAUGCAUGCCUUUUUAAAUAUGAUUUUUCGACAGGAAAGGGUCUCGUGAAAUUUGAGAAUGACAGACAAAUUAAGAAGUUUUACCGUAUUGAGCAAAAACCGAUUUAUAGGGUAUAUGGACAAGAUAUUCCAUUCUAGUAGUUUGCUGUACAUGUACGACACUUUUAUGGGUAUAGAUUUUAGACAAAUCAAUUGUAUUAAGAAAACGUCAUUUGUCAAUCAUUAUCACAACCUUUGUAUUUCUUUAAAUAGUUUUUGAACAGCUUUCAAUGUGAAAUUAUCAAAAUAGACUUUCAAAAGAUUUUCACGGUCCACUUUAGAGCAAGUAAUUAAACGAGUUAUUAAUUUUUAAUAACGAUAUAUCACCCAUAAUUUCAAACAAGAGUUGUAAUAACGAGGAAGUCGUAUUAUAAGAUAAGAAGUGGUAAUAACAAAACUAAACUCGUUUGUACGGAGAACAAUAUAUGUGUGCAUGUACUUUUACCCUAAGACAUUUUAUUAAACAAAAACAUCUCGAAACGUUCGUGCUUUUUAUUGGUUGCUCUUUUAAUUUGGAACUUCAUGGUUCUUAAUACGAACGUAUUCAAAAUGAUCAAACUUGGCAACAAACAUUAGUUGAAGAACCGCAUUGUAUGACUGCAAUGUCAUGCUCAGGCUGUACUGGCUCUGUAAAGGUGUUGGUGGUGGUUUUUGAAGUUUAAUCCCCCACCUCCACUACGAUCACUGCCGUAAGUCACUUUCAAUAACAAUGCCAGUAUUUUAGGUUUUUUAACUAAAAUAAUAACUACACCAUAUACUCUUUUUAAGUGGAAACAAUUUUAUUUCACAUUAUAAAAUCUAGAAAAAACAAGAGGAAAGAUUGUAUUGCAUGUACAAAUUCAUCCCUGUACUUAUAUAUAACUUAAACAGAAGAUCAUUUUAUACAGAAGUGUUUUUAUCAAAUCUUAAUAAUCGUAAAAAUAAAAGUUCUAGGUGAUUCAAACACAGAUUAUUUUGUG